UGGGCCCACAUCCGAACGCCCGGACCAUGGGCCUGGACCAUCGUCCCAGGCCCACGACAGGAAAUGGGGAUAACACACACCAUAAUGAUGGAAGCAAGACAUUGAACUACCAUUUACAAAUAUCCAUAAAACAUCAUAUCAAAUUUCAUAUCCAAAUCAUGCCUAAAAUAUCUUAAACUACUUAGAUCGAGUGUUAAAUUUAUCUUAGAUACUUGGAGAAAUAUUGUGAGAGCUUCCACUUAAUUUUACCUAUCCUCAAAUAUCAAAAUCAAUUAGUAAUCAAUAUCAACUAACCUUCGCAACUACAUAUAUCAAAUACCAACAAACGUCAUCACAAAAUUAUUAUAUAUCGGUUUUGAUAAAUUCUAAUUUCCAAGAUCAUCACCCAAAUUAAAUGAGUAUCCACGUCUAUUCAAACUUUUAUAAAAAUAUCUACCGUUUUAUAAACUCAGUCAAAUAUGUAAAAAAAAAAAUAGUUUGUACUCCAACAACCACAAAAUCCUCAUAAAACACAAAAUUUCACUUACUGGACAACUUUUCAACGGAAACAAUCUCUUAUGUCUUUUCUAAACCUCAAACCACUUGGAAACAACUAAUAAAUAUCUUAAACAAGAUAAUACACCUGUUGAUGCGGUUCUUCGUCAACAGGUAAUUAUACGAAUAAACGGGAUGGAUUAGUGCUAAAUCGUGAACCGUACUAUGAAAAUGUCGUAACUCUAAACUGGCAAAAUUAGUAUCGGGGGAAGGUUAUCACUCCUUUCCUUUUUAGGUGGUUCGAAGGUUAAAAUCCCUCUAGUCCACCAGUCAGUAUUAUUGAUAUCUCUUGAGUAUUCCUUACAGAGUGUUUCUUUACCACAAAAACACCAACCCCUUGCAACGCCCAGGGCCUUGGUAUUUAUAGGGAGAGGAUACCUGGGCGUUGGUAAAGGGGGUCAUCCCGUGACCUUCUUACCCGUCAUGUCACUUCUGUGACACUGAUGAUUAAUUCCUAAAACUUGACAAUGAGGUGUUGUCUAAUCAAUAGGUAAGGGGGAUAAUGGGCCGCAUGGCCCAAACCAGUCAUGGGAAGCCUGAACACGCACGUUUAUAUUGCGUGUCCGAGAAUUCAGGAAUGGAAUAGACACGUGAUGUCUGAUAUGCGCACGUUUACAUUGCGUGGUAGCCUUUACAACGAUUCGAGUGUAAAAUCUAUGCCGCACCUCGGGCUUGAUGUAGCGCCAGUCCAUACUACUGAUCCUUUGCCGUCGAGUAGACUGCUAACUCUCUGAUCAGCUCGGGCUAGGGAGGUGGAGACUCAUAAUAGCAGCUCCGGGUGGACGAUUCACACGUGGCGGACUGAAUUAUGCCUUUUUCCAGCUCGCUAAUAACUCACAGAUAUUUAGGGUGUACAUUUGCCCCCCAAGCCUCUGUUCAUGACACAUGACGUCAUUUGUGACCACAGCGGGGGCUUUUAGGUUCCUUUUUUCAACUCUUCAUGUCCCGUCCACUGCGUAGGUAUCGGACACGUGGAGCACCGUGGUUGGCGACGGUCCGUCUUCCGAUAAUCGCAUUAAAUGGCCUAGCCUAUCUUCGGCCAUCGUUUCGUCUCUCGAGUUAUGACCCUCGUAUCUUGCAUUGAUGCGAUCGAACGAUCCUCAUCCCUUUGCCUUUUACGUAUAUAUAAGGUUGGCCACCUUUCGCAUGAGCCAUCUUUUAUUUGAAUUUUUUUUUCUUCAUCUUCUCUCCUCUUUAACCUCAGAUGUCUUUCUUCUUUCGGUUGUCGUCCCAGAGAUCCCUACGCUCUUGCCACGAGUUUUCUCGCAACUCCAGCUUUAAAGGCUUCACCAGGACUCUGACUCCUACGCUCUUUGCGACUUUCAUACGGAAAAAACACUGUAAGUCCUCUGCCUGUUGCACUUUGUGAUAUUUCCGUUCCUUUGUUAGGUUAACUUCUUUCUUAGUCGCACACAGUAGGUUGUUUUUGGCUGGUGUUUUGUGCGUAGGUUUUUAUCCUAGGGGCAUUGAUCAUAUAAGAACAUGUUUAGGAAUGUGAUGUAUAGGGCAAGAUAAAUUCUGGGUAAAUUUUUCUGGGUAGUUUUUUCUGGGAUGCCUGUUUGGAGGGGGGAAGGCGAUAGGUUUCUGGGGUGCAAAACCGAGUAGCUUAGGGGUCACGCUUCCUAGGCGGUUUUGCUUUUUUGAAACUUUCCCUCCAAGGAAAACAUUAUCCUGACCCUCUUGACACAUAGAUCCUGAGCAAUCGGGGAUCCGUUGGAAACACAAGCGCGUGAUCACAGCAUCGCGUGGCCUCACACACCGCGGGCUGAGAUUACCUUAGCUCGUGUACAAUAAUCACUUCUUGCGCUAGAUUCCCUUUUCUAUUUUUAGGCCGCCUAUCUAAACUUUCUUCAUCUUUGUUUGUUAGGUGACCAGAUGGGUCCCAGGAAGAACAUGCCCAAAAAGAGUGCCGCCGGCUCGUCAUCCUAGCAAGGGGAAAGAGAUAGUUGCUGAAUCUCCAAUUCCCUACUUUGGUCCCACCGUGGAGAAAGAGGUCGAGGUGGGACCUAAUGCCUUCUUCGAGGCCGAGAGGAUAGUCUCGAAGGUUACGACCCAAGGGAGGGUCAACAAGAUCUUGCUGUCCCAUAACAUCGAAAUUAGGACAGGCGCUCUUGUUGUCCGACCUCCCUUCGAGGGUGCAAGGAGCUGCACACCUCUCGACGAGGAGUUCGCGGCCUGGAGCGACGAACACCUCAAGGUCGGGGCCUUCCUUCCUCUGGACCAGUACUUCGCAGACUUUCUGAAUUACGUGAAACUGGCUCCUUUUCAACUGCCCCCGAACUCCUACCGUCUGCUGGCGGGGCUCAGGUACCUCUUCCUAAAACAUGAAUGGGAGGUCCCUACACCAGCGGACAUCCUCUAUUUUUUCUUCCUCUGCAGCCUGGAUCAACAGGGGCGAGGUGACAUGUUCUAUUACUUUACCUGUUUUCCCAACUCUGCUGCGGUCAUCGAGCUGCCCAGCCACCCCAACGACUUUAAGGACCAGUUCUUUAUGUCGACGGGGUUUCGCAACUGCGAUCACCACUACUUCAAUCGUCCUCAUAAGUUCUUUCUAUCCUUAGCUUGCAAAAUCGUCACUGAUGUGUUUCUUUCCUUGAGCAUUCACUUGAAUACCAUCGUGCAACUAUUUUUGCGAGGACGGCCAAAUCGGUGACCCUCGAGGGUCAAUACGAGACCUUGGCGGGGCUCCCACCAAGCGAAAAAGACUACCGCCAGCUCGUGUCUGAUAAGACGAUGCUGGCGUGCAAGUUAAUUUCUUCGGGUCAGACUCUGGCCUUGAGGAGGUCGCGGACCAUCCCAGUAACCCGCGAGCUGGCGCCCAUUCCCGAGGGGGGCGCUGCGCUGAAUGACGAGCAGGAUGAGGAGGACGAGGUGCCACUCGUGCGUCGGAAGUGGCCCCUCGAGGUUGCUCGGGACCCUGACGCGGAUCGGAUCCAGUCCGGGGCAGCAGCCGGCCCCUCUGGCCAAGGUAACCCAUACCUGUUUAGGGAUUUAGACAGGGCUGUCGUAGACCUUCGGCUCGCUAGGUUUAACCCAAGCCAGCUCGUACAUCGCCACCAAGAUGACCUAGACCUUAACUUAACUCUACUCCAGUGUGUAGAUCAAAUGGUGUUACCCUUUGACAUGAGCCACCCUAGGGGCACUGUAGCAGUAGACAACACCCUGGCUUUUAGGUCAGCCUUCUUUGAGGAGUACGGGACCAACCUUAGGUCGUGGCCCUCCCUUCUGGAGGGUGUAGUCGCUCCGGGGCUUAGGCAGUAUGUAGAGGAGUCCAGUCCUGAGGCUAAUCCGGAGCCCGAGCCCCUUCUCAUUCGUAAGGUUAUAAACCUAGAGUCCCCCAUAGAAGCUCUGCGGCCGGAGGUCGUGGCAAUAGAUUCCUCCUCCAGCUUGGAGGGUGAAGAGAUGGCACAACCCGGAGACAACGUCCUGCAGUCCAUCUUCCAGGGGGGGAAUCCCCCUUCCGGAUCGUCAGGGCCCCUAGUCAAGAAGCCCCGGUUUACCAAGAAGACUCCUCCCGGACCCGUCAACAAGUCUCCCACUAAGGGGAGGAGCCAGGGCCCUGCAGCAGUGGAGAACAUGCCUCCACCUCCUCCGCUACCUCCUGUCCUAGCUCGGGACCAGGAGACACCAACUAGAACCCCGCCAACUCCCACUCCCACCGUGCGUAUACCAGUUAACACCCAGGCUUUGGAGAAACUCCCCGAGACCUUCCGAGGGACGGUCUAUGAGACCGCGAGCUACAUGGUGGAGCAUUACUACAACGCCACCCUGAGGGACUUGCGGGAGAUCGAGAUGAGGAGCCUCGAGAAUGUCAUGGAGUCCUCGCUGGGGAUGAACCUCACGACGGCUUUGGCUCUACACCGCAGCAUAGCUUGGUCUAGGGCCAGGUUUGAUGAGAUCAAGGGUGAGUUCCAGACCGCUCAGGCCGCUCUCUCGUCUGCACUACAGCAGGAGAGAGAUGCCAAGGCUGCCUUGACGGCUGUCAAGGAAAAUGAAAAGGUUGCGCAGGUCGCACUGACCGCCACGAAGACCGAUCUGGAAGCCGCCCAGGGGGCCUUGGCCACAACGAAGAUUGAUCUCGAGGCUGCACAGGCCGGCCUGGCUACUACAAAGGCCGAGCUUGAGGAGGCCAAGGCUGCCCUUGUCGCAGAGAGGGCAUCUUCCAGCUCCUCCAUGGAAGCCAUGCUCUAUUACUGUUGGGCCUUCAACCAGGAUGGAGAUUUUUCCUUCCUGGCACCAGAGGUAUGGGAGCCCUUCCUCGAGAAGUUCAAGGCUCGCCUUCAACAGGAGGCACCCUCUGAGACCGGGGAGACUUCCGCUGCAGGCGAAUAGGAGACCGAAGGGGUGACCUCAACGGAACGGCCUGGGGGGGCCUAGACUUCUCUUUUUUUUUUUUUAUUUAUUUGUAAUUUUUUACCACUAGGUUUUUCUCCUCGAGACAAUGGGUUUUUCCAAUUUUUCAUUUUAAUCUACUUUUACCAUUAUUGCCAUUUAUUCUUAGCGCAUUUGGUAAAAACUUAGUUUGCGUUAAUUAUUUAUUGAUAUCUCGUGCUUUUUAAGAAAAACAUCGAUUAAUCAAUUUAAAUCAACUUCUAAGUCCGGGACCUGGUUGCUUCCAGGAUAUUGAUUUUAAAAACUUAGUUCACGUCAAUUCUAUUGAUAUCUCGUGCUUUUUAAGAAAAACAUCGAUUAACCAAUCUGAAUCGACUUCUAAGUUUAUGAUAACUCUACAAAAUAGAGUUAUUUUACCACUUUUUAUGUGCUAAUUGUUGUCUAA